GGAAAUCUGGUUACACUCAACAGCUGCAGGGGGCUGCCAGCCUACCACCUCUGUGUUCCUUCAGCCUACCACCUCUCUGUGUUCCUGGGCGAUGGUGAGGAGAGGGCAGCACCAUGAAUAGAUACACCACGCUCAGGCAACUCGGGGAUGGCACCUACGGCUCAGUCAUCCUUGGCCGCUGCCUGGAAUCAGGGGAACUGGUCGCCAUUAAGAAGUGAGUGGAGGGCACUGUCAUAGCAUUGUUAUUAUGAACAAAAUAUGGCUGUGAUCUCUGUGUGCAAUUGCAGUCCAUCUUUGAAGGGUUGCCAGCUAGUGUAACUUACAUAUUAUCCUCUGGUACCUAAAUUGAAGGGCUUUAGCUUACAAAUUGUUGUAGCUGCUAAAGCCGUGUAGUAAAAUGAGCUGCCAGUGCCUGUGGGAUUCGCUAGGAAUGGCAUUAGCCGGUGGCCACUGCUACGCGUGGUUAAGCUGACAGCUGGCUAGACAGAUGUAGACGAAUGAAAGUGCACGGAUGACUGACAGGCCCACCUAUUUGGCUGAUUGAAAAAAAGGCAUCUGUUGGUGGGUACCUUCAUGAAAGCUUCUUGCUUCUAUUUAUAGCCUUGACAGGAAGUAUGUGGGGGGUUGGGCAGCCGCAGAUUAGUAGCAUAAAUCUAUCAUGUUGGUGGCGUCGCUGUCUUGAGAUUGAAAUGGAGAGGGCCUUGGCCUACAUGUUAUAAACCUGUUUGCUCUUUUCAAUCAUACAUUUUACGCGAUGCAUAUUCAUCAAACUUCCCAAUAUGUUUUACAAUAAAAAGUAUGAUCUAUGAUAUGUUGGUCCUUUAAUUCAGUUAGGCUAAUCAUAAAUGAUUGCAUAUUUGUUUCAGAAUGAAGAGAAAAUUCUACUCAUGGGAAGAAUGCAUGAAUCUUCGUGAGGUCAUAGUAAGUGCUCCUUCCCAGAUAUGAUGCUUGUGGGUAAAAUGCUCCACCUAUUGCAGUGUUUCCCCUAGGAUUUAUUUCAGCAGUGGUGGCAAGGGUAGGCACCGCACCGGUAUAGGGCAGCAUAAUGAAUACAACCUAUGCUUUCACAGUUGUUGUCUACUGUUUCACCUGUUAGUGUUUUUGUACCACCAUAUAAAUUCCACCUCUGCUCAGAACCACAGAAACCAGCACAAAUAAUCUAGAAGGUGACUCUUGUGUGUACUGCCUUUGGAUUUUAACUCUCUAGUUCCUCACCCUGUCCCAGACAUUCAUUCCUUGCCGAGAGCUUGAAUCCAAAGGAGCGUAGCAGUAUCCUAGAAGAAACCAGCCCUCCAGGGAUCUUGGUUAGAAUGUCAGCUGUAAAUAGCAUGUGCCACCACCAAGACCCAUAACGACUUCCCCUCUACUCAAAACUAUAGCAUGGUGAAAGUUGCCGCCAUUUACAUCCAUACUUUUCAGUGCAUGGGAAAACUUCACCCGCAUUUACUAUGAUCUGCACUAGUUUUCAUUAUUACACCUGAGUUAAAAAGCAUAAAAAAAUCCCUAAAGGCUGCACCUUUAGAAAUACCAGUGGUUACCCACACUGUACCCAAGAUGAUAUACAGUUUAUUAAUGCUUUGAUUGUCAAUCAGUGUUUUGAUUUUGAACUAAAGCAUAUUUGUUGUAUGCCGGUUUUAAGGGUCAGACCUUCUAUGUCUUACCUUUUAUGUAUCUAAGUCUGGAGGCAGGUGGCACCUUAAUUGGGGAGGAUGGGCUCAUGGUAAUGGCUGUAGCGGAAUUAGUGGAAUGGUAUCAGAUACAUCAAACAAAUGGUUUCCAUGGUUUCCAGGUGAUUGAUGCCGUUCCAUUUGUACCGUUCCAGCCAUUAUUAUGAGCCGUCCUCCCCUCAGCAGCCUCCUGUGGUAUCUAUGUCUGGCCAUGAUGAAGUGUUGCAGAGCUGUUUUUGAUGAUUUACAGAUUGAGGUUAUUUCCCUCAUGCUUUGUCUUGAUUGCUAAGGUACCAUCUAAUUCGUUCACUCCUUCUUUCAGUCCUUGAAGAAACUCAACCAUGCGAAUGUGGUCAAACUCAAGGAGGUUAUACGGGAAAAUGACCACUUGUACUUUGUGUUUGAAUACAUGAAGGAGAACUUGUAUCAACUAAUGAAAGACAGGUAAAUAUAGCUUUUUUGAUUCAAAUAGCGUAAAUCUAGGCUAUUUGAAAUGGGUUCAGUGCUUUGGGGAUAAAUGUCAGUAGGUCAAAAUCAUGGCUCAUAUAUUGUUAUUUGUAUCAUGUUGCAGGUCUCGGCUGUUCCCUGAAUCUGCCGUGCGAAAUAUUAUGUUCCAGAUACUGCAGGGAUUAGCAUUUAUUCAUAAGCAUGGUAUGAUUAGAAUGAUACACUAGCACUUUUUUUGCUAAUGCUUUUUACUUGUUACUUUGUAUACUCACUGUAUGUUUUUCCCCUCAGGAUUUUUUCACAGGGAUAUGAAACCUGAGAAUCUUCUGUGCAUGGGACCGGAGCUUGUGAAAAUAGCUGACUUUGGGCUUGCCCGCGAGAUAAGAUCUCGGCCGCCAUACACAGACUAUGUUUCAACAAGAUGGUUAGUUUUGUUGCCUCCAUAUGAUGGGUUUAUGUGUCACUAACCACAUUUCCAUUUACAGUUUUUAUGCGAGUAAAGUAAAAAAAAAUCACAACAGCUGAGAUGGAAACAGGAAGUUUCGGUACAAUUUUAUAAAUGCCGACAGAUCAUUUGUUCAUUCGACAUGGUGGGAUAUUUUUGUGUCGGUAAAGUUAAUUAUGCGAGAAAUGGCGGUGGAAACGCCUUUAUGGGUAAAUAUUAAUAUAAUGACCAUCAUAUCAAAGUAAACUUGGAGUCAAUCGAUGAUAUGUGGCCCUCCCACUACGACUCGGAAAACCAUGCAGUUUAAAAGGCUACAGAUUGAAUAAAUGAUGAUGAACUUCUCAGGGUGGUGAAAGUGCACGGUGAUGAGCUUGAUGCUCCUUUCCAAUAAAUAUCGAGGGUCUAAUUCUGGUGACAUGAUGAUUGACGCUUGACUGCCGUUUGACAAAUAAACAAAUAUUCUCACUCUUAUCCAUAAUAAUCUCAUCAUAUACAGUAGACCAUCCUACCCACACUGUAUCUGCCAGCUGUUGGCUAAAGCACACGUGUCAAGACCAGAGUAGACACAGUUUCUAUUUAAAGCAACAGUUGUGACAACUAUCGAUAGGGUUGAAAAUGCCAUGGAAACACAUUGAACUUUAGAUUUUUAUCUGGUACAUAAAAACGUAAGCAUUUUGUUUGCACUACUUCAUCACACACUGUCAGUUUGGUGGAAACACACCACUGGUGGGAAAAUGUGCAUAUUUUCUAUGCAGAUUUUAGAAUCUUUGCAUGAAAAUCUGUCACCAGUUGGAUGGAAACCUAACUACUGACACCAUUUUGUGAUUGAUCAGUAAAACUUGUCAAGUUCUAUAUGAAUUUAUUUGUCUCAUUUUCUGUCGACUUGUGACAACAUGAGACCUCUUGUAUUUUCUCUCAUCAUGUGGAGCAUCAACCAGCCUAUAAAGACCUUCUCCCUUCCCUGUGUUGUCUUCCAGGUACAGAGCUCCAGAGGUGUUGCUGAGGUCCACCUCGUACAGCUCUCCCAUAGACCAGUGGGCCGUGGGCUGCAUCAUGGCAGAGCUUUACACACUUAGGCCUCUGUUCCCUGGCUCCAGUGAAGUGGACACCAUCUUCAAAAUCUGCCAAGUCCUGGGAACUCCAAUGAAGGUAGCCUUGUUCUCCAGGGCUGUUAGAUCCAGAAUAUCAGUGGAAAACAAGCUAUACUGUCCUCACAUCAUCAUGUAAAAUGUCUUGUGGUGUUGUUAAAUGCAUAAAUCAAACCUCACUGAAGAUGUGGUGAUCAGUCUUGUGUAAUGGGCUUUUGAAAUGACAAACUUCUUCACAGAUUAUUCUUGUCAUAACUUUUAAAAACCGUUACAUCUAUCUGUUUUAUUACUAUACAGUAAAAUAAGCAGUUCAAUAAUAAUUGUGCCUGAUCCACUUCUAGAAUGACUGGCUGGAGGGCUUCCAGUUGUCAGCAGCCAUGAAUUUCCGCUGGCCCCAGUGUGUCCCCAGUAAUGUGAGAAGUCUGAUCCCCAACGCCAGUCCUGAAGCCAUCCAACUGAUGAGAGACCUACUCCAGUGGGACCCUAAGAAGAGGCCAGCCUCUGCCCAGGUAGCAAACCCUGGCUGGGGCAUAUCUCUGUUAUCAUCUAUGCUAAAAUAAAUGUGAUUCUCUUAUAAAAUGGGUAAAAGUAAGGUACACUUCUCAGAGAGUUUUGAAUUGUCAAGAGUAGUUAAACAAAGGUGUCCACUGUCACCAUAUCUAUUCGUUAUGGUAGCUAUUAAAAAUCAGAUCAAAUAAUAACAUUAGAGGAUUAGAAAGGCUUAAAAACAAAGGUGUCCAUGUAUGCCGAUGACUCAAGUUUUAUAUUAAGUCCGCAAGCUAGAUCCCUGCAAUGUCUCAUUGAAGAUCUAGAUAACUUUUCUGGACUCUCUGGACUAAAACCUAAAUGUACAAUAUUACGUAUUAGAUGUUUAAAAAAUACAACUUUUCCAUUACCCUGCAGUUUACCUAUAAAAUGGGCUGACGGUGAAGUAGACAUACUUGGUAUUCAUAUCACAAAAUAUAUAAAUGAGCUCUCCACAAUGAAUUAGACAAGAUCCUGGAACCAUGGAGAGGAAUACCUGUCUAUUUAUGGAAAAAUUGCCCUGAUUAACUCCUUAGUUAUAUCUCAGUUUACUCACUUACUUUAUGGCGCUGUCUACUCCUGAUGAUUCGUUUUUCAAAUCAUAUGAGCAAAACAUAUUUACCUUUAUCUGGGAUGCUAAACCAGACAAGAUAAAGCGUGCCUAUCUAUAUAAUGAAUAUGAACUGGGUGGGCUGAGAUUAUUACAUCUAAAAGCACUAAACCUCUCUCUAAAAGCUUCACUUAUCCAAAAGUUUUACUUGAAAUGGUUCUCAAGUAGAUUUCUAAGAAAAGCUCAUCCAUUGUUUAAAAAUUGCCUUUUUGCAGAUUGCCAUGUCUCAUUUUCGAUUAAUUGAAAAUGAAACUUUUUUUCAAGCAAGCAUUGUAGAGCUGGCUACAAUUUCAAUUUCAUCCCCCUGAAAAGAUAGAACAAAUAUUACAACAACUAUUAUGGCUGGACUCAAAUGUGCUGGUUGAUAAAAUACCUGUAUUUAUGGAAAAUAUGUUUGAAAAGGGUAUUUAAAAAUAAAUAAAUGAUAUUGUAAAUUGGAAUGGUAGAGUUAUGUCUUUCAUGGAGUUAUCAGAAUUGUAUGGGAAGGUCUGCUCAAUCCAAGAUAGGUGGGAUGGGCUUAGGGAAGCGGGGGGUUUCUCUCGGAUGAUUGAGGGGCAGCUCUUGGGGAACUGUGGGGGGAUCUUGGAGGGCUGGUGGCCUGGCGGUUGGGAACUUGGGCCGGUGGCUGAUGGGUCGCUGGUUCAGGUCCCGUUUUUGACCUUAUGGGAGAUCUGUCGAUGUGCCCUUGAACGGGUUGUUGACCCUGGUUACUUCUGUGGAUCGCUCUGGAUGGGAGUCUGUUAGAUGACUAAUGUGAUGUAGAUGUUGAGCUGCUUCACUGCAAGUAGAUUGUAUGUUUUAAAUAUUCAAUAAUUUGUAUAAUUUUUUAAAAAGGUAUGUUAGCUUGUACAUAGCUAAACAGGUUGGAUUUUCUAACAUUUAAUGGCAUGUUAACUGAUUAAUAUGUCCUGCUUAGGGAUCCUUGAAAACCAAUCAAUUAUUUUAUUAUCCAUUUGCAGGCACUCAGGUACUCCUACUUCUACGUGGGUCAGGCGUUGGGCACUCCUCAGCAGAUCCUGGAGCAGGGCAGGCCUCAGCCAGGUCCCCUACCUCCACAGCCACCACAACCAUCACAGCAGCCUCUGCAGCAGCUACAACCACUGCUGCUGCUCAAACCAGUGCCCCCUCCCCAGCCAGUGCCCCCAAAUCAACAUUUCACCUCGUCCAGGCCCCUGCAACAGAUCCAUCCAGCCCCAGUCUCAGCCCCCACCCCAGUUCCAUCGUACCAGAGGCACUCAAAGCUGUUGCGAGAGCAGCCCAACCUCAUGGUGAAGCAGGAGGAGACUGAGACCACCCCACAGAACCGCUUACCUUACGUUGUUGACAAGAGCUUGCAGUGCCAGGUGAGUUUGCAGUCACCAACUCAGCUACUUGAGCACGACAAGCAUUCAUCAGUGUAAUGUCAUUAGAUGUUAGAAUCCCUUGUUAAAUGAAUACAACAUUUAAUGGCUAGGAAUGGAAAGUUGAUGAAUUCUUCAGAAAUGUAAUUGUUGUUUCUCUCCCCAUAGAGAUUGUUAAUACACCAUUUCCUUUUUUUUAACAGUUGACCCAGGAGGCUGAGAAUGCCAACUUCUUAAGUUAUCAGAUGAAACCUAAGGGUGGAGGACGCCGGCGAUGGGGCCACGGCACAGGCCUCCUAAAGGGUGACGAGUGGGAUGACUUUGAGGACAUGGAGCUGACCUCACUAAGUGUUCUGGGCAAAACAAAAAUUCCUACUGAAAAACGAAGAGAGUGAGUGUCUCCCUGAGUUAUCCCAGUGACCUGAGUUAUCAGUUUGAUAUUUUCAGAUAAAGGGCUUUAUGUAUUUCUGUUAUGCCUUUCAGGUACGGGAAUGUUUUGGAUUUUAGCAGCCCGAAAGUUAAGGGGCAGAUGACAACAGGUGACGAUGCACCUUUGAAUCUGAACAAGGCCAUGUCCUACCAGGAGCCUUCGAGGACAGCCUCUGCCAAACAGUAUUACUUGAAGCAGUCAAGAUAUCUACCAGGUAGAAAAUACAAAAACAUUACCUUCCUUCCAAAUGGAUAUUUUGAAUAAGGCACUUCUAGUUACUGACAAUGUAUAUGAUAAAAUGGGCUCACUCGUUAAUAACUUGAUGUAUCUGCCAUUUGUCUACCAAAUCAGAGGCAUAAGCAUAUGUACAUGCUCUGAUAUAUAAUGCCUAAUGGUUUUUAAAAAUGGGUGAAACCACAUAUUCUUUUCAGCCCGAUUAUCAAUGAUCAUCAUCUUAGGAGUGGCUAAUCAUGAUGAUGUAGUCUUGUUGAACCAGAAGGGGCAGCUUGUUGCAAUGGAAAUUACAUUGCAAACUCUACUUCCUAAUCUAUCCUAUCUCACCCUGCAGGUUUAAAUACUAAAAAGAAUAUGGCAAUAAAUUCCAACUACAGUGAAAGCAACCUCUGGGGCAGCAGAAUUCCUGUUGGAGGGACACUUCCUAACCGAGGCACUCAUGGUAAUGAUUAGUGUUGGGACCGAUGUCAUGUGUGUUUAUCACCUGUCACCCUACAACACGAGUGAGAGGGCUGUGUGGUAUAAGCUAAGGUGAUGUCUAUCUGUGAUGUGUGUUAACAGUAUUAAAUGUAACGUACAUUUCCUGUUAUCUUUGAUGGCCCAAUCACAGGUUCAAAAACUCUUCCAAGUGGAUAUGUACCGAACUAUUACAAAAAAGAGGUUGGCUCUGCCGGCCAAAGAGUGCAACUCGCACCCAUAGGGGACUCGACAGCAUCAAGUGAGUGAUCUUUGUAGUCUCGAUGCACAGUUGUCAAUCCAGGCUAGGUGCUGUGUAGUAAUGUAAUUCUAUUAUAAAGUAAUAAUGUUUCUUGUCUCUGCUGUUACAGAUUACGCAACCUGGAGGUCAUCUAGCAGAAAUCAGAUGGGUGCCUCAUCCUAUGUGCCGUCGCCCACCAAGACUACGCCAGGCCUACGGUCUCGCCCCCCAGUACAGGCCAUCCAUGGGCGCACAGACUGGUCUGCCAAAUAUGGACACCGCUAG